GUCUGGGCAGUCUGCCAGUGUGCCCAUCCUGCUCUCUCUCAAUCUCUCUCUCUCUCCCUCUCUCUCUAGAUCUCUCUCUCUCUCUCCCUCUCUCUGUAUUCUGCAUUCGCCGAGCUCUUUCACAAUGUGCUUAUAGAACAAAGUGGUUCUGCGUUUUGCUGUGUGAUCUCCCUCCGUCUCUCUCUCUCGCUGUCUCUGUGAGGCAGGCAGCGCAGCAGAGAGGUGUGUUCUCACGUCUGUAUUGGGCAGGCUGGUGAGUGUGUGAGAGAGCACUGAGCAGGGAUGAGCACCAGGCAGUAAGGAAGAGAACGACAGAGAAGUAAAAAAGGAGUGCAGCUGGAGUCAGAUGCUGUGGAGAACGAGAGCUGGCACACCUCUCUCUCUCACUCUCCCUCCAUCUCUCUCUCUCAGUCUGUGUCCCCCACUCCCAUGCUGUUGUGAUAGACAGCACGGCACUCUCGGCUUGGCUGCAUGGAGGCACAGGGAGGGGCAGGGAGCCCAGAGCCCAAUAAAGACAUCCAGAAGUUGCUGAAGCCCUCCAGCUCAGGGGACCUUUCGAAGGAGUUGUACCACCUCCCGGUGGGGGAAGAGGAGGGAGGGCUCCCAGGACAUACCGCUGGCCUGCUGCAUGUCAACGAGAGGAGACGUGAGUACCGGGAGCCUCUGAGCAGCGUAUCCUCCCUGGAGGUGCACUUUGACCUCCUGGACCUGACGGAGCUAACCGACAUGUCUGACCAGGAGCUGGCUGAGGUGUUCGCUGACUCUGAUGAGGAGAACCACAACGAUUCCCCAGCAGGCCACCACCAGCCACCCCUGCCCAGAGGAGGCUACAUGCGCUCCCCCUCGUGGACCCGCUGCAGCAAGGCUGAGCCCCCAGGGAGAGGAAGCACCACAGCGACUCCGACACCACUGCAGAGCCCUUAAUGAAGCUGGAGAGGCCUAAGCAGCCCUGAGAGCCUGCGGGACUGGGGGAAAGGCCCAGGGCCCGGAAAGAGCGAACACACCGAGAGCAGGCACAGAGACCACACCAACUGCCCCACCCCCUGCGCCAGGCACUGAGACAACCAUGGUGCUGAAGACACUACAGACUGUAUUAUAAACUAAACAUGAAACGAUGGCUGUGAGUGAAAUACACACAGAUACACAUGCAAACACACACAAAAUGACACACGCGUAUCUGCAAAACCACACACAUGAACACACAUGCAUAUCUAUUGUGUUUUCCAUGCAAGGGGUUCCUCUGGCACAAACACUGGAUGGUCAGUGUGCUUUUUGAGGCUUUGUUUGGGGUGAACAACAGGGUAUGAGGCUGUCCCAGUGUGGGGAGAAUGCUUGGCUACAAGCCUCUCCAUCCCUGCAGCAUCUUAGGGGUGGGAGAGUGGGCUUGGAGGGGUGGGACAGACCCUGAAAUCCGUGACAACCUCGACUACAAAAUAUAAUGUGGCGAGGUGAGGUUAAGGAGAAUACCCACUCCAUAUGCAAAUAAAUGACUGGAAUAUGGAGGUCAUUAUGGGAUAGUACAGCAGGCAAUCUGGAAGUAUUUUUUGUAAUUAGAAUAAGAGUCCAACCUGAAUCUAUUGCACAAUGUUCUUCCUUAAAGUAACAGGGCCAUCUGCUCUCCCUGAACUAACAGGACACAAUGGGGCCACUCUCCAUCGCUCUCUUUUCUUUCCAUCCUCUCUUUUUCUCUCUUCUUCUACCUCUCUCUACCUGAGAGGAAACCAGUGUGGCCCCAGUAAACUAAAUGUCUCUGCAGAUAUGAUAUGUGAUAAGACAGCACCCCUUCUCACCAACAUUACAUUCAACACUGUGGAUCUCGUCCUUUGCCAAACCAAGUGAUGUGGGGAUGGGUGGUGAAAAAAUUAAAGAAUUUAAUGCAAACAAAGUGAAUU